AUGUCCUGCACAAAUAAAAGUGGAGCCAUUCUCACCCUGGUCGCCAAGAAAAAUAAAGUGACCUUCAAUCGGGCUGUCAAGAUCAAGCCGUCUGUUUUUACUUUAUUUGUAUGCCGAAGACUGCGCGACAUUCGCUCACUGGACUAUUCGAUAUUUUGCAAGCGACCGCUGGAAAACUUGAGGGGCGAGGAGCAGAGCGCGCUUUCUCUGUUUGAUGGUGGCAUCACUGGAUCAGAUUAG